AUGUCCCUCGCCUUCAUGGUGGCGGUGUCUGAGCUGCUGACCGGAGGGGGAAGCUCCGCUGCAGACCUCCUCUCAGGCCAAAGACGACCCCCAACUGAUUCCUCGUCCCCGAAUCCGAAGGGGGAUAGGGAAGCUCAACAGACGAAGAAGAGAGCCAAACCGACGGUGGCGGUGGACAUCUCUGACGACAAUCCAAAUGAUGUUCACAUGGAACCAGUCGCUAACCUUCCGAUAUCACCUACGAAUCAUAGCCCCAAAGUCUCUGCAUGGAGCCACGGUAUGGGGGCAACGCAUCGCCUGUUUGGUGACUUUGCGAAGACCGAUGAGUGGUAUGUCGCUGACUCCGACUCGGAGGAUGUAGCGGCGGGCAUGAGAGAGGAUGGGCGAGAAGCUGAACCCGAGGAGGAAGAUGACCCGCUGUGUCCACCGAUCCAAUUCUCUGAUGCGGAAGAGAGAUAA